UUGCAGGAGCAAGGUGUUUCGACUACCUCACUAAACUGUUUUGUGGCCUUGAUCCUUCUGAUUUUGUCCCCACUUUGUGCCGCUGGUGGAUUCUCUCCAAGAUUUGUUUUGUUCUUGUACUUUGGAAUAAAGGUGCCUCCCCCAACUCCUGCAGAUUUUGCCACUGUAGAGGAAUUCCAGGUCCAGCAUACAAAGUUAGUGUGCUUGAGCAUCUUGGAUAUCAUUAAUAAAACUAUAAAUAUGAGAUGUAAGACUGGCCUGUCCAAAGGACAUCUCGCUCCUUAUGAUGUGUUCCCUAGAGUACAUCCACUUUCCAGGAGUCUGUUACUGGACGGGACAGAUGUUCUUUGCCAGAGUUCUGAGGCUUUUGCAUCCUUUAGUUAAGAAAGAAAUGCUACAGCUAGUGAAUGUUGGAAAUGCUGGAAAAGGUACCUGUCUGAGAGAAAUUUAGGAGGUUCCUCCUCUGGUAUGCUGCUUCAGUAGUGAAGAACUGGGGAAGCAGUGCUGCUGGCUCCUGGAAAAUUAAUCAGUUUAGUCCUGCUGUGACUCCAUACUGACAGUAUGGCAUAGCUGCAUUAGUCAGAUUUAUUUAUUCACACUUACAUAAUAACUGAGAGUUGCCCUCACACCUUCUGCAGUGUGAUCCCUCCCACUCUAGUUCCUGUCCUGCUGAUAUUAGAAGAAAAAAAGUAAACCACAUUGAAACAGCUCUUAAUUCUUUCCCACCAGCUUUCACUUCUCCAGUUCUUCACAAAUAAUGCUGUCUUUGUAGUCACUCUGGGCCAGCAGGCGGCCUGAGCGCUUAAAAAGUGACAAAACUUGCAGGAGCUGGGAGAGACGCCUUUACUCCAAAGUAUGAGAGAACAUGGACAUACUGGAGAGAAUCUACCAAAGAAACACAAAGCGGGGACAAAAGCAGAUUUGGACACUUAAGCUGUGUCUGAAUCCUGUUAUAUACUUUUGAGCCAUACAGACUGUAUUCCCAGCUAAACUCCCCUGUGAGUAUAGCAAAUUCUCUCACUCUGAGCUUGAGAGCUCUUUUUGACUUCUCUAUUAUUCAUUUCAAGCAUUUAGGAGAGAUGUUCUGCCUCUUGCCUUGCUCUGCUGCCUUAUGCCUUCCCCAUCCUUUCAAGCACACAUUCCCUAUUUUGCUGUCCACAGGCCCUACCUAGGAUUGGAAGGAAUCUUGUGGGUGCAAUAUGCCACCCUUACAGGCAAGUGAAGCAAUUUGCAGAAUUACCAAUCCCCUCCCCGAGAUGUGCAUUGUAACAAAUUGGCCACUCUGUGUCAGGUAAGCACCUCCCGUACAGUAAUCUCUCACAUUUAGAACCUGUCACCAGAAGGGGGAACAAUCAUCCCAGCUGGAGGUAGCAGUCGUCCCAACUCCUUUGUUGAGCAUGCCCAAACAGUUACUGGAAAUUAACUGUAGUGUACUGUGCUGAAGAAGUGCAGCCUGAGCCUGACCAAUAUCCCCAUUCUGAGCACAAAAUGGAAGGGAUCAGCAUGUGGAUUAAAACAAAAACCAGCCAACCAUGCAGCCAAGAGAUUUCUCAGGGUGCUGGAAACAUCUCUACUCCCCACCACAGAGUCACAGAAUCUUUUAGGUUGGAAAAGAUCCUGAAGAUUGAGUUCAACCAUUAACCUGACCCUGGCAAGCCCAGCACUAAACCAUGUCCCUAAGCUCCACAUCUGCAUCUUUUUAAAAUACUUUCAGGGGUAGUGACUCAACCACUUCCCUCUGCAGCCUGUCCCAGUGCUUGUUAUCCUUUUUAUUAAAGAAAUUUUUGCCAAUAUCCAAUCUAAAUCCCCCCUGGCACAACCUGAACUUUUCUCAUCAAUGGUCGAUACUUCAAAAGAAAAGUAGCCUUUCCUGUUGUUGCUGACCACAGAAUCACUAAAUGAUUGAGUUGGGAAGGGACCUUUCAAGGUUAUCUGGUCCCACCCCCUGCUCAAACUACAACCUGGUCCACCUACAGCCCAGGACUGUGUCCAGGCCACUCUCCACUGAGGGACACACCACAACCUCUCUGGCCAACCUAUGUCAAUUUUCAGACACCCUCAGAGUAAAAAAAGUGUUUCCUGAUGUUCAGAGGCAACACCUUCUGUCUUUCAGUUUGUGCCCAUGGCCUCUUGUCCUGUCACUGUGCACCACUGAAGACUUUGACUCUUCUUGAGUCAAAUUAAUGCAUAUAAAUACCCUUCCUUCAUACAUAUAUAAUGUAUUUAUAUACAUUAAUUGGAUCCUAAUCAAGAAGUCUUUUCUCCAGGCUAGACAGUACCAGAGCUCUGAGUCUUUCCUCCCAGGACAGCAGGAGUCUGGUCCCAUUAUGCUCCUUGUGCCCCUUUGGCAGAUUCUCCUGAGUAUGUCCCUGUCUCCCUUGUACUGAUGCUGUUGAGAUGGUGACUUGGAGGGCCUUGAGGAAUGCCAGCUCUCAGUGCCUGCCUUGUGUCUCAAGCACAGUCACAGCGGUAUUGGGUAUGAACAGAGUUCCCAGUCUGAAGUGGAAUUGAAUUGUCCAAAGCUCACAAGGCUUCCUUUUCAAACCUCUACUUCCUGUCUGACAGCAGUUGGGCUGCCACUUUGCCAUAGCCAUUGCUUAUCCCAUUUUUCACCUUGUACUCUCACUAGUCACCUUUUUUACCUUGUGCUGUCAUCAUCCUGCUGCUUCCACCCUGAAGGGAGCUCCUCAGAGCAGCAGGAAUCCUCCCAAUUCCUGCAUCAGUGUAACCUCACCCUCUUGCAUUGGCAACAAUUAGAGUACCCCUGAACUUUGUGAUGUUUGUGAACACCUUUUCCAUUAGCAGCUGUUCUUGAGACAUCCUCCAUCAGGUUAGAAAAAUGAAAGCUGCUGCAGUUCCACUGCUCUCCAUUCCGUUGUAAAUUUGGUUAUCUUAGCAGCUGGAUAUAGAGGUAGCAGCUACAUAUUUCUUGUCUUCUGAAUGUAGCCUCAGGCUUCCUGUUUCACAGGCAUUGAGCACUGUUGUUCAACAGCCCGAUCGAAACAUCCUUUUGUGCACACUCCUUGCUUUGGCAUGGAGGCAAACAGAUCAGAAAUUUCUGCAGCUGAUGAGAGUGAGGAAGUAACUUAUACUUCUAUCAAAUUCUCUCAGACUCCUCCUCCAAGGGCCAAAGCUCCACAGGAGAAAAGAGCCACCUGUCUGUGGUCAGCAGUUCUGAAGGGCUUGGUCAUAGGCUUUGGAACGCUGAGCAUCUCCCUGGCAAUUGCUUUUAUUUGGAAGAUGAGUGACUGCCAACCACACUGCCCUCAACAGUGGGUGGCCUACAGAGGGAGCUGCUACUCCUUCUCCAUGGAGAAGAAGGACUGGAAUUCCAGCCAGGAAUCCUGCAGGGCACAGGGAGCUCACCUACUGGUGAUCAGUGAUACCUUGGAGAUGGAUCUGUUCAAGCGCAUUCAAGCAGAAUGUUUCUGGAUUGGACUGAGGAACAAUACAAGCUCUGGAUGGAUUUGGGAGGAUGGAUCUGUAUUAAGUGAUGCCAGAGUCCACUCUAACAGCCCUGUGCAAAAUUGUGCUGUCCUGAUGAAAGAUCAGUUUCAUGCCUCCAGCUGUGAAGUCUUAGCUCCGUGGAUCUGUGAGAAAACACUUAGAUAAAUCCCAUGUGUUUUUCCAUCUCACAACGACCUCAUCUGUGGUAUGGGUUGAUCAUUAGCUUCAUACAAGAGCAAAGACUUGCCUUUUCCAUGCCCUCACUAAAGUGUUUUACAAGGACAGGUUUGUUGUCCAUAAGGGUGAGUUACUCUCAGCAACAGAUCUACUCUCAGUCCACGAGUGUUGGAUUACUGCUCUUUGUGACCAGAUGAGACCUGGGACAUAUUCUCUGGCCUACUCUUUCCCUUCUUUAUCCUAUAAAGGCAAAUAAAAGCUUUGUCUUCGGACUUUUGAGGGGGACCUAGUCAUUUUCUCUCACUUCUAAGUAUCAGAUUUCAUUACCAUUCCCUGCAACUCUGUUGUCUGAUAUCAGAAGGACCAGGAAAAAGAGGCUUGCUGUUCAUUGACAGGAACAUAUAAACAUAUUUCUUGUUGUGGAAGCUUCUCCUUUUGCAUCCCAGUGGUAUGAGUGGGAGAGAAGAGGGUGAAAUGAAACUGCAGCUUCUGUAAAUCCAGCAGUGAAAAUAAAUAUCCAGGACUGCACUGGACUAAAAGUGUGUACCUGUGCCACUUCUUCUCUCUGUUGGAAGGAAUUAGGCAUGUUUAACCAAGCUUGUAAAGAGACUGGACUUCUGGAGUCAAAGGAAUACAGCUAAUUCUGUGUAAUUAUUUAAUUCACCAGAAACCUGUUUUCCUCCCCACCUGUGUGUUUUCGUACUGCAGAGGAAGCAGUGGACAAACCCUUAAGGCAAUGAUCUUCCAGUUCAAAUAGAGCAGAGACAGGCUCAGAGUUUGAAUGCCAUAAAACCACAGUGAAUAUUUGGGAACACUGUCUUCAGUUCUGAGCUGCUCAGUAUAAGAGAGACAUGGACAUACUGACUGGAGAGUCCAGCACAGGGCCACAAAUAUGACAAUAGGGCUGGAGCACCUUCCCUAUGUGGAGAGGCUGAGACAGCUGGGAUAGUUUAUUCUAAAGCAGAGAAGGCUGAGGAGAGAUCUUAUUCCUACAAUCAUAGAAGCACAAUAACCAGCUUCAACAUUUCAAUUCAGACUCCAUAUAUUUGCUUCAUAUUUUUUUUAUUCUAAUUGCAGGAAAUCCUUACCAGCUACUAGUGGCAUUAUCUUUCACCUGCUUAACAGGAUGCUACACAUGAAGGUAUCAAGGCAGUUAAAGACAAAAUGAUGGAUCUUAGCAUACUUAGCUAAGUGGAUGUCUGCUGAGCCUCAUGUAGAGUUCACUGAGAUGAGGGUCUCAGGUGAGAAUGUGUUACAGCAAGGGGGAGUCUGCUUUUUAAAACCCAUGACUGAAACAGCCAGACCUGGGGAAACAUCAGUGUAGGAGGAAGUGAAAACUUUGGAGUUUUCAUCUUAGAUUGUCUGGGUUACUUUGGGUGAGUCAUUUUAUCUGUGCCAAAGUCCAUUCAGCUACCAAAAGAUGUUCCUGGUUCCUAGAAGGUUGCCAGACACUAUGAAAUAGUGCUGAACACUUUGCU